AUGUCUAGUGUAGCUAUUAAUGACAAAACACGUAGCAUGUCUAGUGUAGCUCAAAAUGACAAAACACGUAUCAUGUCUAGUGUAGCUAUAAAUGACAAAACACGUAUCAUGUCUAGUGUAGCUAUAAAUGAGAAAACACGUAUCAUGUCUAGUGUAUCUAUAAAUGACAAAACACGUAGCAUGUCUAGUGUAGCUAUAAAUGACAAAACACGUAGCAUGUCUAGUGUAGCUAUAAAUGACAAAACACGUAGCAUGUCUAGUGUAGCUAUAAAUGACAAAACACGUAGCAUGUCUAGUGUAGCUAUAAAUGACAAAACACGUAGCAUGUCUAGUGUAGCUAUAAAUGACAAAACACGUAGCAUGUCUAGUGUAGCUAUAAAUGUUAAAACACUAAGCAUGUCUAGUGUAGAUUUAAAUGACAAAACACGUAGCAUGUCUAGUGUAGCUAUAAAUGACAAAACACGUAGCAUGUCUAGUGUAGCUAUAAAUGACAAAACACGCAGCAUGUCUAGUGUAGCUCAAAAUGACAAAACACGUAUCAUGUCUAGUGUAGCUAUAAAUGACAAAACACGUAUCAUGUCUAGUGUAUCUAUAAAUGACAAAACACGUAGCAUGUCUAGUGUAUCUAUAAAUGACAAAACACGUAGCAUGUCUAGUGUAGCUAUAAAUGACAAAACACGUAGCAUGUCUAGUGUAGCUAUAAAUGACAAAACACGUAGCAUGUCUAGUGUAGCUAUAAAUGACAAAACACGUAGCAUGUCUAGUGUAGCUAUAAAUGACAAAACACGUAGCAUGUCUAGUGUAGCUAUAAAUGACAAAACACGUAGCAUGUCUAGUGUAGCUAUAAAUGUUAAAACACGUAGCAUGUCUAGUGUAGCUAUAAAUGACAAAACACGUAGCAUGUCUAGUGUAGCUAUAAAUGACAAAACACGUAGCAUGUCUAGUGUAGCUAUAAAUGACAAAACACGUAGCAUGUCUAGUGUAGCUAUAAAUGACAAAACACGUAGCAUGUCUAGUCUAGCUAUAAAUGACAAAAUACGUAGCAUGUCUAGUGUAGCUCAAAAUGAAAUUUCAUUUUCUCUUUUUACUGGCUUUUAA